UUAAAAAUGAGGGAGAAAGGAGCCUCUGAAUUUUCCCCAAUUAUAGUAAUUUAAUGGGAAGCGAGAAGACACCACAAUGCCUGCACUGAACUACAUUUCCCAGAAAGCAUUGGGCUGGAGCAGCGAUCUGUGGCAUUGAGGGACAGCUGCUUCUGCAAGGUGACCGGGCAUCUAGACGACUGCACCUGCGAUGUCGAGACGAUCGACGCCUACAACAAUGGCAAGGUUUUCCCCCAGCUGCAGAAACUCCUCGAAAGCGAUUAUUUCCGAUAUUACAAGGUUAAUCUACAGAAGCCGUGUCCUUUCUGGAGCGACAACAGCCACUGCGGGAUCAGAGACUGUGCUAUCAAGCCUUGUUCAACGGAUGAGGUCCCUGGUGGGAUUCGAUCUGAGAGUUACAAGUAUUCCGAAGAGGCCAACACUUUGGCCAAUGACAACUGCGAAAAAGCAGAGAGACUGGGAGCUGUGGACGCAUCAUUGAGUGAAGAAACUGCCCUUGCUGUGAUCCAUUGGACCCGACAUGAUGACGCUGAGGACAGCUUUUGUGAAGCUGACGACAUUCAGUCUCCUGAAGCAGAAUAUGUGGAUUUGCGGAUCAAUCCGGAGCGCUACACCGGCUACAAAGGGCCUGAAGCCUGGAAGGUUUGGAACAGCAUUUACGAAGAGAACUGCUUCAAGCCACAGUCCAUAAAAAGGCCUUUAAAUCCAUUGAUGUCUAGCUAAACAACUGGAAAAAAUGAAGGGGAUAUGUUUUACAACUGGCUGGAAGGUCUCUGCGUGGAGAAGAGGGCUUUCUACAAGCUCAUUUCAGGGCUCCAUGCCAGCAUUAACAUCCAUCUCAGCGCCAGGUAUCUCCUGAAAGACACCUUGGCCGAGAAGCAGUGGGGACACAACGUCACUGAGUUCCAGCAGCGCUUUGACGAAGUCCUGACUCAAGGGGAGGGUCCCCGGAGGCUGAAGAACCUCUACUUCAUCUACCUGAUCGAAUUGAGGGCCCUCUCCAAGGUCCUGCCCUUCUUCCAGCGCCCGGACUUCCAGCUCUUCACCGGGGACGCAGCGCAAGACGCAAAGACCAAGCAGCUCCUCCUGGAGAUCCUACAUUUGGCCAAAUCUUUCCCUUUGGACUUUGAUGAAAAUUCCUUUUUUGCUGGAAAACAAAGAGAAGCUGCCAAAUUGAAGGAAGAAGUUAUGCUCCAUUUUAGGAACAUUUCAAGAAUUAUGGACUGCGUUGGGUGCAUUAAAUGCCGCCUUUGGGGGAAGUUCGAGACUCAGGGUUUGGGAACAGCCUUGAAGAUCCUUUUCUCCAAACGACAGAUCGAAAACCUGGCAGAAAAGGGACCUUCGCCCAAAUUCCAGCUGACGAGGCAGGAAAUUGUGUCUCUCUUCAAUGCAUUUGGAAGGAUUUCAACCAGCACUAAAGAACUGGAGAAGUUUAGAAACCUCUUGCGACCUCUACAAUGAAAAAGAUCGGUUCCCGUGUUCUACACAGACGAGUCUCGGAGGCGUUUUCGGCCGACCUGAGCAUCGGGAUUUCCUCCGUUUUGGCAAGGAAGGCUUCCCAAAUCCUGCGACGAUCUCCAGCUUAUAAGAUGAUGCUCAGUUUAGUGUCGGUUAAAAUCCUCAGCCAAGUCUGACUUUCCAGGCAAAUGGAUCCGGCAUCCUGUUUCCUUGAAUCCCGAUGUGGUCUUACUUGGCGGAAAUCAACCCAGCUUUCACUGUUCUCAGGGAGUGCCUUCUGCUUAAAAAUAGAUUCAACGAA